ACUAUAUUUUCGGAGCAACCCCUGCAUCAUCUAAUGCAGGAUUACCACCACCUCAAGGGAUGUUCGUUCCUCUCACUAAGAUUGUCUAAGUGGGGAAAACAACAUGAUCUGACGCACUAUUGAUGCGGUUAUUUACUAAUUUAGAGAACUUCUUGAAACAUAAAAUAUGAAGACAAAUAGGACAAUAUUGUUGUGUAAUCGGUUAGCAUCAUGUUCCUCUGGAAGAUGUGUUAUUCUCAAAAAUCUAAGCGAUGCAAUUGACGUUUAACAGAAUGAAAUUCAUAAAAUGAAGACAUCAAAUUAAUCCGCGUGACAUACCAAAAGGUAUCUAAAAUGGCCAAAUUACGUCUUUUGAGAAUACUCUACACUUUAAUUCUCAUUUGAGACUCAAACAUAGAAUUUGAUUUUGCUAACUUCAUUUGGCAAUCUAAAAGUAACUUUACGUAUACUGCAUAUGUACUUAAGUUGAUAUUGUCUCCAAAUAAAUUUGUGUAUAUGCUGUUGAAUUUAAUUGACUUCUGCAUUUUAGGUAGCUUGGGGCGGCAAUGAACUGAGUCCUAGGGAGAUUCAGGUUUCCAAUAUUGCCAUGUCUAAGUGUGGCAGACUUCCUAAAGUGAUACUUGCUAUAGGAGAAGAGUGUCGCACAUGCCGAAAGAAUGUAGAUUUUCUGGAAUACAUCAAUGAUGACUUCAUGGGAAUUUUGGAGACCAGGCCAGAAUUCUCUGGUUUAAAGAGUAUAUUUAGUUGGAUGCAGUCCUACUUUGAUGCGUGCUCAGAUGCACUGAAGCCAUGUAUCUUUUAUCUCUCAGUCUUCCAUGCGGACUACAAUAUCAGACGUAGGCGAUUGUUGAGGCGGUGGAUAGCUGAGGGCGGAAAGUUUCAGCCUAGGCCGAGCUCCACAUGACCCACUAUCCAUACCAUCGGCUCACGUCGUGAUAUGUGCUACACAAGCUGUCCUUCUGACAUGGGCAGAGUAAUUAGCAGGAGCUGUCUGUGCAAGCUGUGGGGAAGCUGCAGGCCACUGUUCUGUUUUUUAAUCGCUGGCAAACUGUAACGCAUGGGCCAAACCACUGUACACAUUUUCUCACCGCCUGCACACCUCUGACCAAUCUAGAGAAGAGUGUGCAGAGAGUGCUCCUUUUUUCCUAGAGAGAGAUGUUGUCAGAUAUGAGAUUCAAAGGGAGCGAGGUAUUGUUUGUGAGAGAGAAUAGGAAGAGAGAGAGAGGAGCUACGUGACUGUGUGAGAGAGGAAAAAAGAAGAGAGAGGACGUGAGGAGAGUGGAAAGCUGCAUGCAUGUGGGACAUAGUAGGGUGAAGGAAGAGAGAUGCGCAUGCAUGCAGUAGACCAACCUAUCAUAAAAAUUAUACUACAGUACUCACCUAGGAGAUAGGCCCUUUUUUUACACAGCGCAGCGUCUGGCCUGGGUGAGGGCGUCGCACUGUUCCUGCGCUGUUAACUACUGACAAGGCCUGUUUACAUGGCACAUAUCUCUAUGCAAAGUAUUGUAGAAUGAACGGAAGGGAUAGUAGGUCCUGUGUAGCUCGAGCUACAAAAAACUGCUCUCGAGCUGAGGGUUACUCCAGAGAGAAGUUUGGUACUAGCAUGGAGGGUAACAGAAAAUUUAGUUUGCGCUCAGGGGGUUACUCUAGUGAUAAAUAUCUUAUCAACCGUCAGGGCUACUCCAGGGAAAAUUUUGGUAUAAGUGCAGAGGGUUACUACAAGGAUAGGUUUGGCAUUAGUGCAGAUGAGGAUGGGGAAAUGUUGUUCUCUGAACUGAUCAAGUUGAGCAUAAUCCAGUAUCCACCAAACACGAAUGCAUCAAAUAGCAAGGUGAAAGACAUGUUCCAAGUUAACGGUUUCUUCCAUGGAUAUAUCAUGUCACGGAGAAUGGAUCAUAACCUUGUGUUUGCACUGGAGGGCCGUUGCAGCCCCAGCUUGCAAUGUGCUGGACAACACCUCACCAUUAGCACCACUUGGGACAGAGACGAGAGUGUAUUCAAGAGCAUGGACCUAUCACGACUACGUUCUUUCACAGUAUUUGGGAAGUGGAGGUCAUUCUUCGUCUCUAAGGGUAUCAAUAUGGCACUUCUUAGGGUGCUGGAUCUGGAGGAUACAUCAAGUGUAUCAGAUGGUGACCUCGAGAAGAUAGUGAAGCUACUGCCUUGUCUCAAGUUUCUAUCCUUGCGGGGAUGCGAAGAUAUCACUUGUCUGCCAGAUUCAGUGGGUGGACUGAGGCAGUUGCAAACUCUGAAUGUCAGACACACAUGUAUAGUAGAGUUACCAGCCUCCAUCAGCAAGCUACAAAAUCUACAAUAUAUUCGUGCAGGCACCACUUAUGAAUCAUUGGGUCAAGGCCAUGAUGUGCAACAGGAAGCAUCAGAGCAUGAUGGUACAAGCACCAGCCAAACAUCAGUAGUGGUUGCAGCAGCAGCAGCAACAACAACAACAACUACUACUACUACUACAACAACAACAUCAGUGGACCCUCAUGGCGCGAACAUAAGUCAACCAUCAGAAACACCACAAACUGACAUUGAUGAUGAAGAUGGGACAUUAACUAAAUCAGUAGCGGCAGGCCAUGCUAGCACAAGCAUGAUCCGCAGAGCAGUGGCGGUAGCAGCAACAAGCAAGUCGAGCACAAGUCAACUAUCAGAAACAUUGCCACCAGCUGACAUUGACAAUGAAUACGGGGGAUUAACUAAAGCAGCAGAAGCAGACAAUGAUGGCACAAGGACAGUCCAAACAGCAGGAGCAGUAGCAGUAGCAGCAACAGCAACAACAACACCGGUAGACCGUCAUGGCGUGAGCACAAGUCAACCAUCAGAAACACCAGCACCAGCUGCUAUUGACGGUGAUGAUGGGGCAUCACCUAUACUAGCGCUACUGAGAAGGAGGGCACACGAUCUGGAUAACUGGUUUUCCAAUAAGAAGAAGUUGCGCAGACGCCAACGACUUAAUGAUAAUGGUGGUGGUGUUAAGGUUCAGGCUCACGGGAUUGGGAAUAUGGCGGCCUUGCGUACACUCGGUGUCGUGAAUGUGAGUGGUGCAGGUGGGAAGGCCAUCCUCAAGGAGGUAAAUAAGCUUACCCAGUUGCGCAAGCUCGGCGUGUCUGGUAUCAACCGCAAAAACUGGCACGACUUGUACUCUGCCAUUUCAGGACAUGGUCAUCUCGAGUCAUUGUCAGUAUAUUUUGACAAGGGGGAACCUGCAACAAGUUUUUUUUCUCGUUCGAGUGACAUGUUCUCCGGCCUACCCAAGAGUCUGAAGAGCCUUAAGCUGUAUUCGACGGGUGGGGAAGUACAAGUACCGCCGGUCUUGGUGAAGCAUCUUUACUGUCUCAGAAAGUCUCGUUUUGACCUCAUAGUGUCGACGCAAGAAGAUAUAUACAGCAUUACGGAAUUUCCUCAUCGACGUGCAUUUCGUAAUAUUUAUGUCAAGCCGGUUCAAGAUGGCCAGCUCCAUUAUGGUCAGCGGGAUGAGACGUUGUAUUGUGAUGGUUUCACUGACGCCCCAAUCCUCAAGAUUGACUGUGGCAGCUACAAGCUGGCGAUAUGUUUUGGAUAUUGGAUACCAGAAUACAUUGAGGUGCUGGUGGUUGACUGCUCUACUGCUGAGGCUUCUUUGGAGGUGUCUGGAUUAAAGGAAUUAUCUAGACUCAAGGAGGUGUGGCUCAAGGGUUCCUACAGCGAGGCAAUCAAGCAACAUUUGCAGCAGAAACUUGAUGAGCUACACAGCUCACGCUUGGAGGAGGCAGUUAAGUACGGCAGGGAGUCCAGGUACACAAGAGCUGUCCUGAGGCUGGAGGACCAAGCACAUCCGUCCUGAUUCAUUUCCAUUUCUUCUUCUCUUUAUUCUCUAGUUAUGUGCAUCCAAUGUAAUAGGCACCCAACAAUC